UCGCUGCUGGGCUGGGCUCCGGAGAGCCUUCCCGCCUCCCUCCGCCGGAGACAGAGAGAGACGGGGUGGGGAAGGCGGCUCCGUGGGCGGCCCCUGCCUCCCGUUCCCCGACGGCGGCGGCAGUUCCUGGGCGGCUGCGAGGGGGAAUUGGGCGGCUCUCGCUCGGCGUCUCGCUUCUCCGCCCGGCGGCCAUGCAGCGUCCGGAGGGGAAGCAGCCCUCGGGCGCCUUCGCCGCAGGCGAGCCGUCGGGGCAUCGGGGAGCAGCGGAGCUCGGCGGGCGGAGGCGCCCCUGUCUUUCCGCCGACGGGAGCGUCUCGGCCAGGUGGCCCCCGAGCCGGGCGGCGACGGAGGGCCCUCGCUGCUCCCUCGACGGGGCUCCGGGGGACCUGGCGGAGGAGUUGCGCGAGUUCGACGCCGUGCUGGACGCCUUCUCUCCCGGCGCCCAGGAGCGCCGCUUCCCCGGCGAGGAGCCUCCGGAGCGGCGGAGAAGCGACGGAGGCGGCAGCGACGCCGCCCAGAGGGAGUCCCUGUUCCGCUGCGACGCUCAGGGUGCAGAUUCACCGUACAGAAAUAGUUUCGGUUUCAGUGACGGAAAGCUGAAUUCCCCAGCACUUUCUCCUCCAGCUGUGUCUACUCCAACAAUAGCUUCUCGCAAAGGAAAGCUUGGAGACACAAAAGAAUUAGAAGAUUUUAUCGCUGAUCUUGAUAGGACCUUGGCAAGUAUGUGAAACAACUGUUUUUGCAUGAAACUGGCCUAGCAAAGGAUGAGGUUGAGUCUGGGCUGAUCCUGUUCCAUACGACGGAGACGGAGACCCUCAUCUCAGAAGCGUGCAACCUGCCAUCUGCUCUUCCACUUUUAACCGUGACGACUCUUGUAACCUUCUCUUCAAAUAACAAGUUUUCUGAUGCCGUACUUUUUCAUAAGAUAUAGCUUAACAUUAAUUUAAAAGCGCUCACGAAAAGAUUUGUAAUUUUAUAUAGCUAAUGUAAAUGCUUUUUUUUGUUAAAUAUAUUUUUGUAUGCAAAUAAAAUAUGGACUGGA